CCCCCCAAGGCAGCGGUGGGAGACAUGGCGGGCUCUCCGCGCGCGCUGCUCUGGUGGGGGUGCCUGUGGUUUAGCUGCUGCAGCCUGCUGGCCGAAGGGUCCGGAGAGCGCCCGGGCGGCUUCGCUAAAGGGAGCGUAAGGCGAGGGGUCGGCGGGCGCAGGAGCCGGGCGGCAGAAGCUGAGGCGGCCGAGCAGCAGCAGCAACAGCAGCAGCCUUUGCCGCCGCCGGUGGUCUCCGCCGGGGACAAAGUAUCGGAACACAUGCUGCGCCUUUACGUCCGCUACAGCGGUCGGAGUCGGGAUUCCGAGGCGCCCGGAACGUCCCGGCUGCUUCAUCUCCGUGAAGGCAACACGGUGCGGAGCUUCCGAGCGCUGCCGGCAGGGACCCUUGGCAACAAAGAGGUGUAUGUUUUUAAUCUCACCUCCCUCACAAAGUCUGAAAAUAUCUUGUCUGCUCUGUUGCAUUACUACGUUGGAGAUCUCCAGAACGGCAGCACCAACUGCCCUCAAUCCAACAGCUGCUCUCUUCUGGCCCCCAGAAAAUCUGACCUACAGAUCAAGCUUUUGCUGUUGAGUUCCCCAUCAUCAGCAAACCAAUCACGAACCCUGGGCCGUUACUUGGUCAACGUCUCCGCUGCUUUACAGGAUGACCAUUUGUGGCAAUGCAAAAACAUUACUCAGGACUUGAAGCGAGCGAAGGAGCACAGCCAUCUUAUGAUCGGGGUCCAGAUGGCCUCCGUUGGCCAACCUCAAUGGAAGAGUCUGCAGCUCAGCUAUGAACCGUACAUCCUCGUCUACGCCAACGACUCCGCCAUUUCAGAACCAGAGAGCGUGGUUUCCAGCUUGCAAGGUCAUUGGAAUCCACCACCGGGGCCUUUCCCCAAAUUGGAUAGCCGGUCAAUCAAUGACCUCAGCGGACAGCGGGCGAAACGUUCCACCAGUUUUCUUCUGCCCUUGCAGAACAACGAGCUUCCGGGAGCUGAGUAUCAGUACAGCGAGGACGAAGGGUGGGAGGAGAGGAAGCACUACAAAACCCUGCAGCCACGGCUGGCGGAAAGGUCAAAGGGUAAGAAAAAGCCCAGAAAACACAGUCAUCAGAAGAGCCAAAUACUCCAGUUCGACGAGCAGACCCUGAAGAAGGCGAGGCGGAAGCAAUGGAAUGAACCGAGAUCUUGCUCAAGACGCUAUCUCAAAGUUGAUUUUGCAGAUAUAGGCUGGAAUGAAUGGAUCAUUUCUCCUAAAGCUUUUGAUGCUUACUAUUGCUCAGGUGAAUGCCAGUUCCCUAUUCCAAAGGCCCUGAAGCCAUCCAACCACGCGACCAUUCAGAGCAUAGUCAGAGCCGUAGGGGUAGUUUCUGGCAUCCCGGAGCCUUGCUGUGUUCCAGACAAGAUGUCAUCGCUUAGCAUUUUAUUCUUCGAUGAAAACAAAAAUGUGGUACUCAAAGUGUAUCCAAACAUGACAGUGGAAUCCUGUGCCUGCAGAUAACGUUCCUACUUUUUACGGCAACUUUGUGGCUUCAUAAACCUCUCCUCUUUCCAUUUACCAAAAGCAUACUGUUGUCCAGUUUUACGAACGGAUAAGUAAGCAAGAGAUGAGAAGAGACAUGGAAUAGGUUUUCCCCCCAACGGUAAUUUUCCUACUUGUGAGCAUAGGGAAGAAACCUUGGAAAACUCACCAACAGGAGCAAAUAAUGUGGGGAGGUUUUCAGUGGAUGGUGGGGGGGAAGAUAGGAAAAUGAAAACUGGAAAGAAUUCCAUCAGGAACUGAAGAUUAGCAGGAAAACACAAUUUAUGUUUUAUGCUGUGCUCGAAGACCAUUCACCCAAGCUGCUGGUUUCUCCAAUCCAUUCUUCCAGAAUGGAAUGGUAAAGGAGGUUUAAUAUAUGUAUUGUGCUUUUGAAGCUUUCUACUUUAGAUUAUACGAAGACUCGAAUAUACCAUAAGCUAGUAAGAUCCUACUUCCCAUGUUUCAAAGAUUCAAAUAAUCUUUUUUUAAAAAUAUAACCUGUUGAUUUUCUUGGCAUAAUUUACCAGUUGUGUUCUGUUCUACCCCUCACAAAAGCAUUCAUUCUUAAAAUAACAGGAACUUUUUAUCUAAAAGCAGAACUGCAUUUCUGGUGUGUAUUUAGUAAAGAUUACACCUCUGUUUGUUACAAAAUCUUGAUCUCUUGAUCUCAGUACUGAAUACCAGAAAGAAGAGAUAAACAGGUUGAGUUUCAAGUUUUAGUUUGCCAGUCAAUUAUGGUAGUCUAUAAUUGCAAUAACCGUUUCACAAUGGGAAUUGCGCAGCACACUUAUACACUUUCAGGAUAUUAUGGGUAGGGAAUCAAGAUGGCAGCCAUGGCCAUAGGAUUGAUGCUGCCAUUUUGACUUUUUAUUACCCAGCUUUUGAGAACCUGACAUAAUAGUCACUCUGUGAGGGAGACUGAUGGUUUGUAAAUGUGAUAUAUAUUUAUAUAUAUAUAUAUAAAUAAAACAAUACUCAAGCCCCAGUAGGGAAAACUUCCAGGGUAAUGGGUAUAAAACUGCGGCCUAUCCAGGUGAUGAGCUAUACAAACUGAAGUCAUGGAUUAAAGAAAAUAUAACAAAUAUGUUUAAUGCAUGUCCCAUUUGGGAAGGGAGCAGAUAAAUUCUUAACUAGGACCUGGAUCAUCAAAGUUGAAACACCAUUCCUAGAUUUAUUGGGUUGGUUUCAACAUGUUGUCUGAACUCAUCCACUGUGAAGAUGUUCUGUGGCUUUAUAAGCUAGGUGAAUUGUGAUGUAUUUAAUGAACUAUGGUUAAACCAUGGCUUAGCAAGAUGUAUGAACUCAGUUUUGCUCUCAGAAUCUAUUUCAGUCUGAAAAUGGAGUCACCCCUGUUAGUUAGAGGCAGCUGUGCCAAUAGACAGAAUCCAUAUGUGUUGCUGAAAGGAUAGUCAAGGUGGCAGCCACAAUAAAAGCAUAGCUAUUAGAAGCAAGCAGCCAUUACUUGUCAUGAAAAGCCAAAGCCAGUAGUUUUAUGGUUUGCCACACAUAUUACAAGAAUCUCCCUAGACUGCUUGCAUUCCCAGGAAUGACCAAAUAAAGCUGCAAAGAUUUUGGGAGAGGUGAAACUUGCACGUUUGCGGCUGUGCAAGGUUUCCAAGCUAAGCCCUAACUUGACCCCUCCUUCCAGGCUAACGGGCAGUUUUCCAACACUUGUCCUCUUCUUUACACACAUUGUGCAUGUAAAACUUAUUUACAAGGGGUGGUGCUUCAAACUUGUCCUAAUAGCCAUUUUGACAUUUUUGACACACACAAACCCAUUUCAAUGACAACAUGCAUAAUUAUGUAGACCAUAGAUCUUGGGUUUCCAAAGCAACUUUAAGACUUGUUGACUUCAUGGCUAGCGGAGGAAUUCUUGAAGUUCACAAGUCUUAGAGUUGCCAAAUUUGGAGGUCCCUGACCUAAAUCAUUUGGAAAGGUGAAGAUCUGGGUUUAAAUCUACCACUGCAUCUUCUGCAUCUUACAGAAGAUGGAAAGUGCCUUCCGUAGUCUACCGAAAGCCUGGGACAAUUUUCUUGCACCCAGGCAAAACUGAAGCAGUGCAAAUGGGGUUUUUCAGCUUUAAUUUCUUUAAGAGAGACGAGUUGCAGAUUCAAAACGUUGAAUACUGUUUUAAGGAACAGCCAAUUCAUUUGUGAUUAAUCUUACCACCUCCUCGUCUGUGUAAAAUGUAUAUAAAUGAUGAAAUAAGACUUUUGUACAUUUUUUUUUGUUUAAGAAAAAAUGCUUGUACAGUUGGCACCAGUAUAGUUUUUAAAAAGCCAAAUGAUAUUUGUAUAUGGAAAGAAGCUUUUAUCAAUGCAUUUAAUUUAUUUCUAAUGCAUAUGUUAAGUAAUUUCUGCAUUUUAGUACUCUUAAAACACACAGCAGUUUUUAUAUUCAUUUCAAAAAUUUAUAUAUCUAUAUAUCUGCCUUCAAAAGUAAAUGUGUAUAUCCCAGAUCACAAAUAAGGAUAUUUUCAUUACUAAUAUACUGUAUAAGCCUGUCUGAUUUGUUGGUUUCUCUCCUUUAGUUAACAAUGCUUUUUUCCCACAGCAUAUUAUUGUGUACAAGAUUAUGGCUUUGCAAAAC